AUGUGGCUUCUCCUGGUGUUCCUGGUGAACAAAAGAGCUACCCUGAGCUGUCCUGCAAGUGAUGCCUUCCCUGUCCCUCAUGAGUGGUACCAGCCAGGCGACCUUGUCAUUGGUGGGAUGGUGUCUCACCUGGUUUACCAUUUUUAUGAACUUCCAUUCAGACAGCAUCCUUUCCUAAACCUUUAUGAUUCACCAAUGUGGACAUGGAUUGGGAUUUUUGCUGUUGAUAACAACAAUGGAGAACAUUUCUUAAAGAAAAUGCAGCCGUUACUUUCACAGAAUGGAAUCUGUUCAUCUUUCAUAGAAAGUCUUCCACUACUAGUCCACUUGGAAGACAUCUCAGAACUUGAGGACACAGUCUCAAGAAUUGCUAUUAAUUUGAUGAAUAGUAAAGCAAAUACAUUUCUUGUUUAUGGAGAUUCUUUCACAAUCAUCGGGCUCAGAGUUGUCCCAUUUUUAGUAGAUCCUGAAAACCAGCAAACUGCAUUAUUUAGAAAGGUGUGGAUUAUGUCUAGCCAGAUUGAUUUCACACUAUCAGGCUUUCAAACCAUGUGGGAUCUCCAGAUGUUCCAUGGGGCUAUUUCCUUUACUGUUCAUUCAAGAGCCGUUCUAGGGUUCAAGGAAUUUCUUCAGAGCAUAAAACCUUAUUCAAGCUCCAGAGAUGGGUUUCUGCAGGGUGUUUGGGAACAAUCAUUUGAUUGUUCUUUUCCAAAACCAGAGUUGCAACAAAUGCCCAGUAGGCAGUGCACUGGGGAGAGGAAGCUGGAGGAUCUUCCUGGACCUUUGUUUGAAAUGGAAAUGACUGGCCAAAGCUACAGUGUCUACAAUGCUGUUUAUGCUGUGGCUCAUGCUUUGGAUGCUCUACUCAUGCUGGGGUUCCAUAAGAAAAAAGUGAAGAUGGGUAAAGAAACUGACUUUUCAGAUCUGCAGGCUUGGCAGGUCCUUCCAAUUUCUCUGUGUAAUGACCAUUGUUCCCCUGGAUCCAGGAAGAAAGGGGAUGAAGAAAAACAAUUCUGUUGCUAUGACUGUAUUCCUUGUCCAGAAGGGAAGAUUUCAAAUCAAAAUGAUCUGGCUGACUGUAUUGAAUGUUCAGAAGGCCAUUAUGCAAAUAAAGAAAAGAAAGGAUGUAUCCUGAAACUGGUGAUCUUUCUAACUUUGGAAGAAACCUUAGGAAUUGGUUUAGUCUCCACUACUCUUUGUUUCUUCUUGUUGACAUCUUGGGUACUUGGAAUAUUUAUUAUGCACAGGGAUACUCCCAUUGUUAAAGCCAACAACCAGGCCCUUACCUACACUCUCCUUCUCUCUCUUCUACUCUGUUUUCUCUCCUCUUUGUUCUUCCUCAGCAAACCUGGCCAAAUGACCUGCCUUCUCCGACAAUCCACUUUUGGCAUCACCUUCUCAGUGGCCAUUUCUAGUGUCCUGGCUAAAACCAUCACGGUGGUGGUUGCUUUCAUGGCCACGAAACCAGGAUCUCAUAUGAGGAAAUGGGUGGGGAAAAGAUUGGCCUUUUCUACUGUCCUUUCCUGCUCUCUCAUCCAAGUAUGUAUUUGUGCUCUUUGGUUGUCAACAUCUCCCCCAUUCCCCGAGUUAGACAUGCACUCAGAAGCCAAAGAAAUGAUUCUACAAUGCAAUGAGGGGUCAGCCUUCUUCUUCUACUGUGUCUUGGGCUACAUGGGGAUCUUGGCCAUCGCCAGCUUUAUUGUGGCCUUCCUUGCCCGUAACUUACCUGAUAGCUUUAAUGAAGCCAAGUUCAUCACCUUCAGCAUGUUGGCCUUCUGCAGUGUGUGGGUCUCCUUUUUUCCAGCGUAUCUGAGCACGAGAGGAAAAGCCAUGGUAGCCGUGGAGGUCUUCUCCAUCCUGUCCUCCAGCGUUGCAUUAGUGGGAUGCAUCUUUUUGCCAAAAUGCUUCAUCAUUGUUUUCAGGCCUGAGCUAAACCACAGGGAGCAACUAAUAAAGAGGAAUUAG